UCACUUGUAUGUACAACUUGUAAACUGUUAUGGCGUUUGUGUCUCGAUAUACACAACGCAUAUUCGUAUCUCUUCUCUAUUGUUUCAUUUAAAGUCUAAAAGUAUUGAAAAAUCGUUGCUAAAAUAUGUUGACAACAUAAAAAUGAAGUUAUUGUAAUUAUAAACAAGCAAACAGUGAAAGCGUAUCGUUUUUAGGUUAUGUUUCCAUCUUUCAUUGGUAUUUUAGAUAUUCAGUCAUGGUGGGAAGUGCCCAGCAUCGCGUACUUUUGUUCUUUAUUCAGAACUGCAUUCAACCUUUUGGAUUUUGACAUUGAAGAACUUGAGGAAGCUCUGCUUACCGAUGGCACCGAGGAAUCGGCUAGUUCUCUCCUGACUGAGUUGAUAGUACGACUUUUGAAUGGCUGUUUGGGCAACAAUGACAUCUCUGCCUUUAAUUAUCAGAUGUACUUGAGACGUUUGUUUAGAAGAAAAUGCACAGAUACAGGGAGAUAUAAUCCAUUCAACACUGAUAUUGAUUUCCAGUUUUUACCCUUACGGACUAAGGUUGAGAUUUUGUAUGCCCUAUGCGAUUUUCGAUUAGAUGCAGAUGAUGUGUUUGAUUUAUUUAAAAACCUUGAAGCGGAAAGUCUAAGGGUUGAACCACUCGGUUGGGAUGACAACUACUCUGCAUACUGGUACUUUUAUGGCACAAGAUUAUAUCGAGAAGAUAUAAUUAAGAAGCCUAAAGGAAAGAAUAAAAAAAAAAAGAAUAAGGAGAACAAAAAACGAGGCUGGUUCUAUGGUGAUGAUUGGCUCGAUGACGACGAUACCGAACGUGUUUGGCAAGUGGUUUGUUUUACUGAAGAAGAUUGGACCCACCUGACAGAGAAGUUUAGUAAAGCCACCAGCAAAGUUGAGAAAGAGUUGUACCGUUCAUUAUCACAAAACUUUUUGCCGGAAAUACCUCGACUCUUUCAAGAAAAGGAACGUCUACAGCGGAAGAGGUUGUUAGAGCUAGCGCCAAGAAGAACAUCGAGUCGUGUUUUACAAAAAAUAAAGCAAAAGGAGGAAGAAACCAAGCAAUCCACGCAUGACGUAAAGGAAGAAGAAGAGGAACGAAAAGAAACACCAGAUCUUGCACGGGAGAACCGAGCCAGGCGGAGAAACUUAUUAAGAUCUAAAUCAGAGUCAUCUGAUUCGUCAGACAGUUCAGCCAGUGAAAAAGAAGAAAUGCCUCAAAAAGUGGCAAAGUCGUCCAAAAGCCAUGAUAAGCGCUCAAAAAACUCGUCCGUUACUCACAAAGGCGAACCUCCACCAGAGCCGCUAAUAAAAACGGGAAGGAAAACAAACAACUCGCUGGCAUCCGCUACAGGACAGAUCGUAAUUCCUGACAACGACGAGCCAGUCAGCAGUACAAGAAAGAAACUCAAGACAUCACAAAUAUUUGGUCAAACAGAUGAGGAUAUACAAACUGACAUGUAUAAAGUUCUGAAACAAUUGACUGCACACGAUGAUGCAUGGCCUUUUAUGGACCCCGUAGAAGAAGAAUACGCGCCUAAUUAUUACGCCGUUAUAAGGCGACCUAUGGAUUUACGUAAAAUGGAAGAACGUCUUGAUAGUGGCUAUUAUACAGAUUUUUCUAUGUUCAAAGCUGAUUUUAAACUUAUUGUUAACAAUUGUCGUUUAUACAAUGGCCAGGACAAUGAGUACACUGUGAUGGUAGAUAAUCUACAAGCUGCAUUUGAUCGACUGACUGAAAAAUAUAUACAUAGACUUUCAUCAUCUGAUGAAGAAAUUGCUGUCGAAUACCAGUUACCAACUCCUUCAAGGAAACAUAAACUGAAAACGAACGAAUCUCCAACUCAUCAUAAGAGAAAGAAACGAAAGUCUCAUUCAGAAGGCGAGCCUAAGUCCAGUUCAUCGGACUUGGUUCCAGAAGAGAAACCCGAAGAAGAGAACAUCCCUGACACCGAAACGAAAAAAGUUAAAGAAUCUCAUAAAAAUAAACAGAGUAAAGGUAAAAAGAAACGUAAAGGUCAUCAUCGCCAUGGUAAACAUUCCAAAAACCAUAAGAAAGAUUCUCACAAAUCUGAACACUCUGAAUCAAAAACAAAACACAGUAAGAAACAAAAACAUGGUAAAAACAAAGACAAAGAUGGCAAAAAGUCAAAACAAAAGAAGAAAAAGAGCAAACAUCAUGAAUCUGAAGAUACGGAAGACUUGAAACGUAGCAUCUCUCAAGAGUCUUUAGAGAGUUCGAAUAGGAGUCGAAGUGCCAGCCCAUUGCCAUCUAUUCACACACCGUCACCAUCACCAACGGAACUAGAACCAGCUGAUCCCCCUGAUCAACUAACUGAUCCAGAUUUUGUCAAAGAUAAAUACGAUAAAAUUAAAGAAAGAAGACGACAUGCUGCUAAGGAUGCUUGGGACUCGUUAUUUGACUACAAACAAAAAACUGUUGAUAAACAGAAACAAAAUUUACACAUACCCGAAAAAGAGAAAAACCAGAAGCUAAGAGAAACUAUAGAGAAACUGAAAGCUAAAAAUGAGAAGUAUAAAGAUAGUUCUUUAUUCAAUUCUCUUUUCUCCUCGAGCCAGAGCAAUUUAGAUACAGAAUCAAGCAACACUAAUGAUUUUACUAGCAAGGAGGUUGAUUCAGAAGACGAAUCAUUAGAAAAUCAAAAGACGAAAGCUAAAAAGGGCAGCAAGAAAAAUUCAGCUAAGAACGAGUCGGCUUCUGAAGCUUUAGAACAAGCUGUAAAAGAUAUAAGUAAGUGGUUAGAUGAUGCUCCAAAGGGGUCUAAUAUGAGCUCCCCUUGUGAUAGUCCAGCUCAAACUAUCUCUACUGAAGAGCAUGAUAACAGCAGGUUAGAUGACGAACUUUCCCUAGGAGAAAAACCUUUACAUGCUAGAAAAGAAAUGUCUAGAAAACGACCGUCAUCUCGUGAGCCGAAGUUGCUUAAGCGAAGGGAAAUCCAGAGAACUAUUGAAAGACUUCAACCUGGAAAAAGCAAAGGAAACUUACUUACUAACCUUAGUAAUAAAAAUGCAGAGAAAACUGAAGAAAUUCUACCGGCAGGUCCUCAAAAUAAAGUUCGUGACGCUCAGAAGGCUGAGGAGUCUAGCCCUAAACUAAGCCUUGGGUCUGUUCUACCAGCUGUGGAGUUUGCUUUGGGUAACGAUCAUAACUUUGGAACGAAUGAAGAAAAUAAAGCCGAAGAACCUAAAGAGACUGUUAAUACAACAGAAGCUCCAAAAGAAGAUAAAGUUGAAGAGGCUCCUGUUGAAAAGAAACAACCAGAAGAAGUUGUUGUUCAGCCAAACAAGAAAGAUGCAGAGGUAGAAACGGAACCUCAAAUUAUAACAAAACCUAACCAAGAAAAGGCUACUCCUAAUCUAAGUGCAUGGUUUAAAGCUUUUGGUGCACCCAAAAGUACUGGCCCUACUGCUCCCAAGAAGAAGCCAGAAGAAGCCGACUCUGAAGAAAAGGCACUAGAAAAUGCAAGUACUGAUACUAAGCCUAGUAGUCCUAAAAAUCCUGUUAAAUAUGACUCUCCUACUGGGCCCGAUACUCCUAAUCCUGAGGGUAGGGACAGUCCAUUGCCCAACGUAGGUACUACGCCGAGACAAAGAAGAACUAGUACAGGGAGUUCUGUAUCGGAAAGAUCUUCAUUUAGUCAAGAUCUUGAUUCGCCUAGACAUCAAAUGUCUCAUACUUCUCCACUCUUGCGGUCACCAGCGUCUCCAAGAACAGAUGAUUUCCAAAAAAUAACAUAUCCUAUAAUAAAUGGUACUGUCAGAGCUGGAUUCUAUCAAGAUACGACAUCAAUCAAAAGUAGCCCAGAGAAAAGCUGCAGUCCCCGAGAAGCUCCUCAAUCACCUUAUUCACCAUAUUCUCAACAUGUUUAUGCUUCCAACAAUGUCACGGCACCAUCAACUCCGAAUUAUUUCGUAGAUCAUAACAAGAGUCCACUUCCAACUUAUAAUCAAAAUCCACCUCCAUAUUUCGAUAAUCCAAAACCUCCCACACCAAAUAAGCCUACGCGAGGUCAUGAUGACUACGCCCAAAUGCCUCAAGAUUCGUAUCAACAAAAUCAAUACACUGGCCCGUUUUCGCCUGCCUACACUCCAUACACUCAAAGUACUACAAGCUAUUCACAAGUACAAAAUACGCUGAAUACACCACAAACUACAAUAUCAAAUAAUCCUGUUCAGGCUAAUCCUACCCAGAUGAUGUCUGAGAUUAAAACUGCUCUGUUUCCUGUUAAAAAGAGAACUUACAAUGAACCAGAACUUGCGGCUAAAAAUGAGAGCAAGGAAGCGCUUGGAGCAGCUCCAUGUAAAAACGAUUAUCAGAAAAUAUCGACAUCUUUACAUUCGAUGAAUCAUCCAACUUCCGUCGAUGACAUAGCUUUGGCUUUGAGUGAAAAGUCGGAAAUGGCUAAAUUAAAUAGCUUACGGGAAAAAGCCUCUAUGGAAUUUGCUACUGAAAACAGGGAUGCGAAGUACGAUAUGAAUGAAUCUAUGCAGGGUAAUAAGAAUCCUAUCAACAUUGACAUGGACAAACCAAUUGGCAUCAUUAAAAAGGAUAAUGUUGACAUGGUUAACAUGGGUUAUCUAAACCCUGAGAUUGAUAGACGAAGUAGUGGUGAUACACAUGCCCACGAAGUUGAUUACAUGUCACGAGACAUAUCUAAAUCAAAUAUAACCCAGCAGCAAAAAGCUUAUGAUGACGCCAUAGCUAUUAAUUUGGGAUUGAAUAGCCAACACCUACAAAAAAGUAUUCCUAAAACAAACAUGAAUCCAGGAAAUAUUCCUCCAGCACAUAGUCAGCCUCAUAAUGAAAUGAAUAUGAAUCAAAAUAUGAUUCACGCUCAUCAUAAUCAAUACGAUAGUCUUGGUGGCGGCCAAAGUGUCAGCAACUUUUCAAUAAGCGACAUAGAUCUGGCGAAUAAGAAGUUGUAUUCUUGUAACACUACGCCUUCGUCUGCUGCAAUCGAUUAUGGCAACUGGAAGAUGACAAACCAUAUGCGCAAACAAGAUUUGUUACCUUCUGACUAUUCUACACCCUAUAGUGCCAAUAAUGUGGAAAAACUUAAAAAUGAAAUGAGUGCAAUAAGUGCUAACACAAUUGCAUACAACAAAAAUCUUCAGCAUCAGCAGUAUAAUUCAUAUAAUAUGACAAGGCCGAAUUUACAAAGAUCCCAAGAAUUGCAACAAAAUCUUCCUGGGGAAUUGAGAAUACCUAAUCCCAGAGGUCUUCUUAAGAAUGAUCAUAUGACUGCAACAUCAUCAAUGAGUGAUACUGAUGCAAUUGCCAAAAAUAUAGAUACACUUGCCAAAUCUCAGAAACCUGAGAAACUUGUACAAAAUCAUCCUUUAGUAAGUUCAAACCCAUACAAGACACCAUACAGCAAUCCUACUUCACUACCACUGGACACAUUGCGAAACUUGCCAAAUAUCCCGCAGAUGCUGGAGAGGUACACUAAUGAUGAGAGAUAUUUAUCUUCGUUUGCUAGUAGCCAAGCAGCGUCUUUGUACCACGACAAAUCAUUUCAAAUGGCACAAAUGUUUAAUAAAAGUAUUGCUUCAGAUAUACAUCCAGUAAGCACAUCUGUUAGUGUAUAUUCUCAGCCAUCCAUGGCGAUGAGUAAGGACAAUAGUAUUUAUAAAACUUGUAAUGCUGCACCAGACAUGAAACAAACAAAGAACAAGAGGAAAAGAACCUCUGAGACGAAGCAAACAGCACAGAUUAGUCAAUCAUAUCACCCUAAUUCAUGUGGCACUGAUGUCUUAUCAUCAGUGAAAUCAACUAUGAUGCCUGGCAAUGCAUUCAAUUUUGGAGCUUCAACAAACAUGGCUUUAAGCAGUGGACUAUAUGGAGAUAAUGGCAGCUUUACAAUUGAAGACUUCCGUAAUAGUACCGCUAAUCAGCUUAUGGCAGCCAAUUAUAUGGUUGCAGCCGUUGCGCAUCAGCAGCGCAAUAAUGCCGAGGUAAAUGCAGAAAAGUUAGUGAAACCCGCGCAUCAAAAUUCAACACAUACAGCAAGCUCGUUUCCUUUUAUUGGCCAUUCACAAGUCAGAGCUGGUUAUCCUUUCGUGGGGACGGACCCGACUUCACCGUUGUAUCAACAAUAUCUUCAACAUCAAGAAGAGUUAUUACGGCAAACAGGUGCACAGAUUAUGAGCUUGUAUCCCGGCGGCUAUCCUCCGACCCUUGGCGUCAGGCAACCGUACGACAUUAAUCGACCUUCUUGGCUCUAGAGAAGUAACAGUAACAGUAGCAUAGCUUCUCAUGUGGAAUAAAUAAUCAUAAAUGUGACUUGUUAUAGGAAAGUGUAAUUUAAAUUGUUUGUAGAUUUAAAUAACGUAGCAUUUUGUGAAGGUUUUAUGAUUAUUUCUUAUUCACACAUUAUUGUAAUGGCAAUGUUUAUUUUAUAUCAUGACAAGUUAAUCUUUAAUCGAUUAUAAUUAUUUUAUAAUAAUAGUAUUCGCAUAGCCUGUGAUGACUGGAUGAGAGACUGCUUCUUAAACGGUUCCAGGAAUAAAAUAUACACAUCACUUUAGUGAAGGAACUCUUUCGUGUUUCGUAAUUAUUUUAAACGAUAAGGAUGUUAAUAUAAGCCCGUAGUUGCGUAGGCUAUUUCCUCAAGGUUUAUAUGUUAUCCUUAUAUGGAAUAGAAAGCGCUUAAUUAGUACAAUUUUAUUUGCCCAUUCCAUGUAUACUCAAUAUUUUAUUAAAUUAAAUUAAAUAGUAAAAUGUUAAAAUUAGUAUGUGAUUAUCUGUAUUAAUAAUUAUUGAUUAUAAAGAAGCAGUCUUUGCAAUAUCACUAGGUAUUUUAUACUCAUAUAAAUAUUUUAAUGUUAAAACAUUAUUUAAUUAAUUAUAGUUCAUUCAUUAUAAUGCUUUUUAAGCUUUUUAGCUUUAAUUUACUGAACAUUAUUACCAUUUAAUAAGGUCACAUGAAUUUGUUAUUAUAUAAAUUUAAAUUUUACGUUAUACUACUUAAUUUAGAUUGUUGUGUAAAUAUUUCACUAUUUUAUUUACGAUCGACGUUUAGUAGCAAUUUAAGUAUUUUUCGUUAAGAUAUAAUUUAGUUUAAAUGAAAUUCAUGAAAUUAGUAUUAAAAAAUUCAUAUAAGAAUUAUUGAAAACAAUUCUUCUUGUGUAAAAAUAAAAAUUUUGAAAAUAAUCGACUUGUUGAUAAAGAUAA